AAUGUUUUUCCUUUGAGUUUAAAAUAAAAAAAAAAAAUCAGGACACUUCUUAUUGUUACAAUUUAUGUGCACAUUUUUGUAAAAAAAAAAAAUUAUGAUGUUUUAUGAAUUUGGUAUAGAUAGGUAUUUUACUUACGGUUGAAAAUGGUGAAGAAAAUAUUAUGCGAUUACUGUAAUAUAACAUUUGCAGACAACUUAUCAAGCCGUAAUCUACAUUUCAACAGCAACUCGCACAAAAAGAACAGAAGAAACUACUUUUCGUUGUAUAAAGUAUAAUUUCAGACGCUAUAACAUUAUUUCUCGAGGAACGUCAAAAGCAACCGUGUCGACGAUUUAGAACUACUGGACAGUGUCAAUUCGGUCUCAACUGUAACUAUUCUCAUUACACCUUUGAACAAUUAAUUAAUCAAAUCAAUCAAGAAAACAAAAAACAGAUUUGUAAACAAGUGGAAAACAUUAAUUCAAUUCCAACAAUUGAUUCUUGGUUAAUAAAGUAUCAACAGAAUUUAUUCACUAAAACCCCAAGCAGUGAAACAAAUACCAAAAACUUACAAUUAAAUUAUCAAUAUAAAAAUUUACCAUCCUUAGCUCCAAUUGCUAAUUUUGAUAAACUAAAUAAUAUAAUUCUGAACACUUGGUCGUGAGUGUUAUUUUAACAAAUAAUUGAUGCAACAUCAUAAUCAAUUAAUGUUUUUUAUUAUUUGAUUACUCAGGAGUUUCCAAGGAUGACCUCUAUAGUUCAUCAAAAAAACGGAACAGAUUUAAACAACUCAAUUUCUUCAUCUACAUUGAAUUCUAAUUCCAAUAUGAUCUACUACAAGUCUGAAUUUCAUGAGCAGCCUGAAAACAAUGCUCUACCAAAUAAACCAGUUCAAGACUGUGUGACUGAUAAUCCUAAUCUAAAUAUUUCUAUUAGUAAUGUAGUAACAAACUUCAGUUUAAAAUCACAUUUAAACCUUCGAUACUUAGCUCUAAAUGGUAGUAAUAUAGAAUACAGACGUGAAAAUGGGAUGUUAACAAUGAAACUACGCAAACCAAAUGCCACAGCCACCAUAUGGUCUAGUGGAAAAAUUGCUUGUACAGGUUCUACAUCUGAAACUCAUGCUAAAAUUGCAUCCAGACGUUUUGCUAGAAUCAUUCAAAAACUUGGUUAUCAUAAUGCUAAAUUUAGCAGUUAUAGAAUUGUCAAUGUUCUUGGAUCAUGUUCAUUACCGUUUCCGAUCAAAGUCAUACAGUUUUCGGAAAAAUAUAAAACAAUUGCUCAGUAUGAACCCGAGUUACAUCCUGGUGUUACUUUUAAGAUCAAAGAAUUAAAAGCUACUUUGAAAAUAUUUUCAACAGGCAGUAUUACAGUAACUGCUCCAAGUGUAAGCAAUGUUCACCAAGCAAUCGAACAAAUUUAUCCCAUGGUAUAUCCAUUUCGCCGUGAAAAAACCGCAGAAGAUGAAAGAGUAAUACGCAAAUUAAUGACAAAAAAACGUAAUUUCACUGAAAUUGAUGAAAAUGUAUCAAUAUAUAACUCGGAAAACAGUGUAACAAAACGAAAUUGUGAUGGAUUAGCCAUUGGCAUAGUAAAAGUUGAAAACAACUUAGAAAAUAUUAUUAAACAAGAAUAUGAAAAUGAUCUCUGAAAAAUAUUUCAGUUACCCAAACUGAUCACCACUUACAGUUUAGCACAUAACAGCAGAAUUUUUUUUUAUAACUUUUGUCAAGUCUUAAAUGUUUAAAAAUAAAUCAUAACUUAAAAUGGAAUUAUUAAUAUUUUUUAAAAUGAUCAUUAUGAUAAAUGUACAAAAAUUAAUUUUUUUAGCAUUUUACUUUAGUUGUAAGCUAAUACAAUCUAGAUAACUAGUCUUUGUGUUUUACAAAAUGUACAUGUAUACAUGUAAUAUUUAUAUUAUAUCUAUAUAUAUUUUUUUUGUGUGUUAAUGUUCCUCGUUAGUUACAAAAAUAAUUUUGCUUUUAAGCUUUUUCCUCAUAUUAUUAUUAUUAUUAUUUUUUUUUUUUGUUCCAUUAGUUAUAUAUAUUUAUAAAAAAAAACAUUUUUAUGAAGUUUCCAAAUAAUUUCUCAUCAAUUUUAGUAUGAACAGCAGUAAUAAAAGCAAUAAUAAUAAUUUUAAUAUUAAUUUUUUUUUUUUUUUUUUUAAUGAGUAAAUAAGAAAAAUGUGUUGCUUUUUAAAAUUAUUGGUGCAUUGGUUAUUAUUUUACCUAAACAAAUUCAUUUCUUUGGGAAAUUAACAAAGUAAUUUCAUUAUCAUAUUUAUGUUUUUCAUGCGUAUGUGCGAUAGUUAUGAUUAUUUUUAGUUGAUAAAUAAAUAAUUUUAGUUUUUAUUUUGUUCUGCUUAUUAUAUUAAAUUAAAAUAAUAAAGUAAAUUCUUGUGAUCUAUAAA